GGCAUAACUAAUAGAUUCUUUCUUAAAAUUCUGAAGAAGAAGUAUGGGUAGUUUUUCUCAGAUAUUGAUCAAAAUUCUUUCCACAAUUCUCAUAUUCAACCACAUACAGUACUGCUAUGUGUUGAAAACUAAUGCUCAGAUUGAUACGAGUAAUAUUUUUCCCUUGUGCUCCGGAGAUAAUAUCACCUCUAAUACAUAUCGGUCAAACCUUAAACUUCUUCUGUCUUCUUUAACAAAUUCAUUCAACAAAACCAUUAUCCUCAAUGGAUAUUACAACGACACAGUCGGUCGAAAGCCUAAUACCGCCUAUGGAAAUUAUCAGUGCAGAGGUGAUAUCACACUAGAAGAUUGUCGAUCUACUGUUGAUUUAGCCGUGAAAGAAGUACAGCGAAGCUGCCCAGACUCUAAAGAAGCAGUUAUUACAUACAAAGAAAUAGUCGCUUUAAAGUUUUCCGAUCAAUCAUACUUCUCAACCAUGCGAGAUAGUCCAUACUUUCCACUCCCUAAUGCAAAUUCCGUUACAAACCCGGAUGAGUUUAAUUCAGGACUCGAUGAAUUGGAGAAUUAUAUUUUGGAAAAAGUUGCUUUUAAUGGCGUCUCCAAUACUUCUUCUUCAACAAAUAGAAAUUUGUAUGGUAUUGGAAGCAUAGACGUUUCGAGCUCACAGAAAAUAUAUGGGCUAGCUCAUUGCACUGCUGACUUAUCAGUUAAGAAUUGCACUCAGUGUCUUCGUGGGAUAAUGGAUAAUUAUCGAAAAUCGUUUAGCGGGCGAGUAGGUGGAAGAGUUAUUUGUUGGAGCUGCUAUUUUAGAUAUGAGACAUAUCGUUUUUAUGGACCCAACGCAACUUCCCCGCCAUUUCCAUCCCCUAAUAUUAUGAACCCACCACCGUCAAAGCCAAAGAUUUCGCGUAAAGUGCUGCUGAUCAUUAUAGUUGUUCCUUCAGUGAUUACAACAGUAUUAUCCAUCAUAAUCAUUUUGUAUUUCUGCGUAAAGAGAAGAAAGAAAGUACUCGAAAGGAAAAUUGAAGAUAUCGAUGAGAUUCAAAGUGCUGAAUCUUUGCAAUAUAAAUUCAAUACGAUAGGCGCGGCUACGCAAAAUUUCUCAGAUGCCAAUAAGCUUGGGCGAGGCGGAUUUGGUACUGUAUAUAAGGGUACAAUGCCAGAUGGACAAGAAAUAGCUGUGAAAAGAUUGUCUGAAAAUUCUGGUCAAGGUGAAGAAGAAUUUAGGAAUGAAGUUGUCCUAUUGGCGAAACUACAACACAAAAAUCUUGUAAGACUUCUAGGCUUCUGUUUAGAUGGAGAUGAAAAGCUACUCGUGUACGAAUUUAUGCAGCACGGAAGCCUCGAUCAGUUUUUAUUUGAUCCUAUUAAACGCGCAUUGUUGAAUUGGGAAAGGAGAUACAAGAUUAUAGGAGGCAUUGCUAAAGGACUUCUGUAUCUUCAUGAGGACUCUCGACUUAAGAUUAUUCACCGAGAUCUCAAAGCCAGCAAUGUACUAUUAGGAGAAGAUAUGGUCCCCAAAAUUUCAGAUUUUGGAAUGGUUAGGAUGGUGAAUCAAAAUCAAGUCAGCACAAAACGGAUUUGUGGAACUUUUGGAUACAUGGCUCCAGAAUAUGCAAUGCAUGGUAAAUUCUCUGCAAAAUCAGACGUCUUUAGUUUCGGUGUGUUAAUUUUAGAGAUCCUGUGCGGAAAGAGGAGUAAUUCUUUUGGUGGAUUUGAUGGUGCUAAGAAUGUCUUAAGCUACGCAUGGGGCCUUUGGGAGGAGGGGAAAUCUGUGGAGUUGUUGGAACCAUCACUAAGAGAUUGUUAUUCACCAAACGAAGUGAUGAGAUGCAUCCAAAUUGGGUUGUUGUGUGCUCAAAAGGAUGUAGCUAAUAGACCUACAAUGGCGUGGAUUAUUCAUAUGCUGAAUAACCACUGUGUCAUUCUGCCAUCACCUUUAGCACCAUCUACAUUUGUAUUGCGCGGUGAAACAGAACUCAACAUACCUUCUGAAGAUGGUGAUAACAUAAGCGUGAAUCAGGUGUCAAUGACAGAAUUUUACCCUCGAUGACCAUGUACUAUUAGCCAAACUACAUUUGGGAGUUCAACUUGACCUUUAAGGAGAGAUGAUAACUGAAUGUAAUCAGUAUACAUAUAUGGAUUAUUUUCCA